GGUUGGUUGUUUACCGUAGCUGUGGCUCAUGCUGUUUUCCUUCAGCAUGCUGAAGACAGCAGGCUGACAACUAAACCAAAUUCUAUAGGUUUAAAUGUAACAAUUGCCCUGUGCCCAUCACAGUGGAACCUUUAUGGCUGGAAGAACAGCAACUGGGAGAAAGUGAGGACUGCAGAUGCUCAAGAUCAGCACAACAGUUGUAAGGGGAAGAAAGAGACUUUUCCUACUAUUACAAAAUGAUGGCCUGCAUUACAGUGACUGAUGUGGAAACCGGAUCAGCGCCACUUCAAAAUGGAGAUCUUCAUCAAACCUCACGAGCACCCAAAUGGACUGGAGCGGGACUUCAAGUAAAACUUUAUCCCAUCCCUGGCAAAACGGAUAACAACUCCUUAACAUUUCCACCAGAUAAAUAUGUCGCAGAAGACAUUUGCAUAGCAGCUGCCAAAGCCUGUGGUUUUUCACCAGUGUAUUAUACCCUUUUUGCUCUGAUGAAUGAACGAGACCGGUAUUGGUAUCCUCCAAACCAUAUCUUCGAUGUUGAUGACUCUGCAGAUGUAACAAUCAUUUUUCGACUAAGAUUCUACUUUCCACAUUGGUACAGUCCUGGAAAUAAAAGAGCUUAUCGUUACGGAGUUGUCAAGGGUGCAGAGAGUCCUUUUAUUGACGAUAACAUCAUGACUUAUCUUUUUGCUCAGUGGCGUGAUGACUUCAUUAAUGGAUGGAUAAAAGUGCCAGUUACACACGAAACACAAGAGGAAUGCCUUGGUAUGGCAGUGCUCGAUAUCAUGAGAAUGGCAAAGGAGAAAGACCAAUCUCCUUUAGACAUCUAUCACUCAACCAGUUACAAAUCGUUCUUGCCGAAAAAUAUUCGUCUACAGAUCCAAAAUUACCACUUUGUCACAAGGAAACGGAUCCGAUUCAGAUUUUACCAGUUUAUCCGGCAGUUCAGCCAGUGUAAUGCAAGUGCCCGAGAUUUGAAGUUGAAAUACUUGAUUAACAUGGAAACUCUUCAGCCUGCUUUUUUCUCGGAGUAUUUUGAAGUGAAGGAGCCAGUACAAGGACCUUCAGGAGAAGAUGUAUUUACGAUUGUUGUAACUGGAAAUGGAGGCAUUCAGUGGAUGAAGGGAAAAUAUAAAGACACCGAUUCUCAACCUGAUCAGGAGCUACAGCCUUAUUGUGAUUUCCCCGAUAUCAUCAAUGUCAGCAUCAAGCAAGCAAGCAAAGAUGGUUCCUCCGAGGGGAGAAUAGUCACCAUAAUCAAACAGGACAGCAAGACCUUGGAAGUUGAGUUUCCGUCCCUGAAAGAAGGCUUCUCAUUUGUCUCACUAAUCGAUGGAUACUAUAGGCUAACUGCAGAUGCUCACCACUACCUCUGUAAAGAAGUUGCCCCUCCUCAAUUGUUGGAAAACAUCCAGAGCAAUUGUCAUGGACCCAUCUCGAUGGACUUUGCUGUGAAUAAACUCAGGAAGGCAGGAAAUCAGAAAGGCUUUUUCAUUCUUCGAUGCAGUCCCAAGGAGUUUAAUAAGUACUUUCUCACCGUAGCUAUAGAGAAGGACAAUGUGAUUGAAUGCAGGCAUUGCCUGAUUACCAAGAAUGAGAACAAUGAAUACAAUCUGAAUGGUGCAAAGAAGACUUUCAGCAGCCUCAGAGAGUUGUUGAACUGCUACAAAAAAGAAACUGUCCGAUCUGAUGGUGUUUUGUUCCAGUUUAGCAAAUGCUGUCCACCAAAGCCCAAAGAUAAAUCUAAUCUUCUGAUCUUGAGAAGCAACAGUGCAUCUGAUGUGCCAACAUCCCCGACAUUGCAGAGGCACAAUGUCAGCCAAAUGAUUUUUCACAAAAUCAGGAAAGAGGAUUUGGUUUUUGGUGAAAGCCUUGGGCAAGGAACAUUCACCAAAAUCUUCAAAGGAGUGCGCACAGAACUGGGAGAUUAUGGUCAGAUACACAAGACAGACGUUCUACUAAAGGUCCUCGAAAAAGCACACAGAAAUUACUCUGAGUCCUUCUUCGAGGCUGCAAGUAUGAUGAGCCAACUGUCCUAUAAGCACUUGGUGUUGAAUUAUGGAGUCUGUGUGUGUGGUGAAGAGAAUAUCAUGGUUCAGGAGUAUGUGAAGUUUGGAUCGUUGGACACAUAUUUGAAGAGAAACAAAAACAAUGUGAACACCCUGUGGAAACUGGAGGUGGCGAAACAACUGGCUUGGGCGAUGCACUUUUUAGAAGACCGAAACCUUGUCCAUGGAAAUGUAUGCGCCAAGAAUGUCCUGAUGAUCAGGGAAGAGGACCGGAAAACUGGAAACCCUCCAUUUAUAAAGCUUGCUGAUCCUGGAGUCGUUAUGAUGGUUCUACCGAAAGAUGUUCUCAUUGAACGCAUUCCCUGGGUGCCACCAGAAUGCAUCGAGGAUCCCAAGAACUUGAGUCUGGCAACAGACAAAUGGAGUUUUGGUGCCACUUUGUGGGAGAUUUGCAGUGGUGGAGAUAAACCACUGGGCCCAUUUGAUUCCACGCGGAAGCUGCAGUUUUAUGAAGAUAAGCAUCAACUUCCUGCACUUAAGUGGCUAGAGCUAGCCAAUCUCAUCAAUCUCUGCAUGAAUUAUGAUCCAGACUUCAGGCCUUCAUUUCGUGUCAUUAUACGUGACCUGAACAGCCUUUUUACCCCAGAUUAUGAGUUAUUGGCUGAAAGUGACCUACUCCCGAACAUGCGAGGUGGUGGGCUUGGCUUCCUUGGAGCUGGUACAAACCAUGAUGUUGUGCAGUUUGAGGAACGGCAUCUCAUAUUUUUGCAACAGUUGGGCAAGGGUAACUUUGGCAGUGUCGAGCUCUGCCGGUAUGAUCCACUCCAGGACAGCACAGGCGAUGUGGUGGCUGUGAAGAAGCUACAACAGAGCACCGCAGAACACUUGCGUGACUUUGAAAGAGAAAUUGAGAUCCUCAAGUCCCUUCAGCACGACAACAUUGUCAAGUACAAAGGAGUGUGCUACAGUGCUGGACGGCGAAAUUUGCGAUUAAUAAUGGAGUACCUACCUCACGGCAGCUUGCGUGACUAUUUACAGAAGAAUAAAGAGCGGAUUGAUCACAAGAAACUGCUGGCAUAUGCUUCUCAGAUCUGCAAGGGAAUGGAGUAUCUAGGAACCAAGCGAUAUAUACACAGAGAUCUGGCAACACGGAACAUUCUCGUAGAAAAUGAGAACAGGGUGAAAAUUGGUGAUUUUGGCUUGACCAAAGUCUUGCCACAAGACAAGGAAUAUUACAAGGUGAAAGAGCCAGGAGAAAGUCCAAUCUUUUGGUACGCACUGGAGUCUCUAAUGGAAAACAAAUUUUCAGUGGCUUCAGAUGUUUGGAGCUUUGGAGUGGUGCUAUAUGAGCUUUUCACAUACAGCGAGAAGACCAAAAGUCCACCAUCGGAAUUCAUGCGCAUGAUCGGCAGUGAUAAGCAAGGGCAGAUGAUUGUCUUCCAUUUGAUCGAGCUACUUAAAGAGGGUAGACGACUGCCAAAUCCAGAUGGCUGUUCUGACACGAUGUAUUCAACAAUGAUGGAAUGCUGGAACACUGUGUCAACUCAGCGCCCAACUUUUAAGGAGCUCGCUCAGAAAGUGGACUCCAUGAAGGAUUCUAUGGGAGGAUGAGUUUGCAGAAACUUCAACCGGGAUACUCUGAAGUCCCAGCACAAUUGCUGCUUUUCCAGUCUGUAUCUGGCAAGGAUCACUUUGGACUUCUUCCUCAGCCUGUGGGAAAUGUUAGUCCUUUCGUAGUGAUGUCGCAGUUCAGCAGGACAGGCUGGUAAAUUAUUGGUGUUGUAACUACGAAAUGAUUUGCCCACUUCAGGCCUGCUGACAUGUGGGUCUAAUACUGCGGCUGUUUAUAACAGUAGGAGUUAACUAUGUGGUGAUGAUACUUCCGACACAGUGAUGCUUGGAGUUUAUCAUUGCCACAAUUGUUGGAGGGCCUUCAGUGGUGAAUAUUACACCUGAUGUUAUCUGUGCUACUUGCACAUCAGCUGACUAAAGAAAAAGAUUCUAAUUUUGAAUUUGCCCAUUGUACCCUAAAACUGUGCGAAUAGUAAUUUCGACAAAGAUUGGAGAAUAAUUUCACCGUUAUGUAGGAUCUUAUUUGGACUUGUCAUAGAUUAGAUUUUCAAAUAGUGUUGACAAGAAUAUGGAUAAGUCCCAUGCUAUGAUAUUUAUUAUAUAUGUUAGUUUGGCAAUAUUAACUACGAAAGGAAAAGAUCAAUUUCUGAAAUUGAAAAUUUUCAUGAAUUAACUAUGCUGUGGCUGUGAGUAUGGUGAUGCAUUAAAUGGUGAUGUAAGAAGUGUAUGUUACUGCAGAAUAUUGUAGAUGUUGAACUGGUGAUACGUUCAAGGAUUUGCGAGCGGUGCAUAGAUUUGGGAGUUGUAGCUUCAUAAUAUCUUGAAGAAUCCGCAUUCAUGAGGGAAUAAUUGUUUGGUACAUGAUCCGGAAUAUUAAACAAUGCAUAGUUUGUAGUGACACUUAAUCUGCCUUAUGUUAUCCAUUUGUUAUUCUUUGUAACAUCUGGAUCAGUUGUGAAGGAGAAAUAUGUUGAACACCAUUUGCUUAGGUUAAUUAUAUGAAGAGAAGCUCAGGGAUAUUUUGCGCUUUUUUUUUAAAACAAAGAAAACGAUCGAUGCAGGAUUAGUUGUUUCAUCCAAAAAUGAAUUAAUUUACAUACAUGAAUUCAGUAGGCACUCAUGCCAAAAUACUUUUGAAUUCUGCCACCUCCACCACCUAAUGGGCACAGAGGGGUGAUUAACAAGUACCAGUCUUGUUCAGCAUUAUGCCCAUCCCAAGGACUUUUUUCCAGAAGUCAUGCAAACAUAGUCUUUACCCCGCAAUAGAAAAAUCAUUCUUCAGCUAUACAAGCAAGCACGACCAAAACGUAGAUAUAAAAUGACCAAGAUUUUAUUCUCCUUCUUUAUUAAUUUAAUUUUCUACAGACUCUUAAGUUUACUUCCAUCCAUACAAUACCAGUUUGAACUCAAAACUCUGAGCAGGGAAGGCCAUAUCCUAAUGGUAUUCUCCCUAUGCUAUUGACUUAGAUUCACAAGUAAUGUUUAGGGGACAUGACAGAGGAUGGAAUUUGAAUGUCGUGAAAAAUCCAGAAUUAAGAGUCUAACGAUGACAAUGAAAUUGUUGUUAAAAACCCGGCUGGUUCAUGACUAUCCUUUAUGGAAGGAAACUGUGGUCCUUACUUGGUCUGGCCCAUAUGUGACUCCAAAUCCACAGCAAUGUGAUUGGCUGUUAACUGCCUCUGGGCAAUUCAGCAUGGACAAUUAAAUUCUGGCCUGGCCAGAGACCCCUACAUCCAACAAAAUAAACAGAAAUUAUUAAUGAUGCAGUGUUUGUAAAGCAGCAGCUGAAAUUGUGCACUUGGGAAUGCAGUAAUUUCUGUGAAUGAGCCACACAACACAGGUACACUACUAGCUGCAAACCCACAUUAAAAAUGUCCAUUUAUGAACAAGUAGAGUUAUCCAACCGAUAAGAAUAAAUGUAAGAUACAUG